AGACAGAUAUUAUUGGAAUUAUUCCCGCCAGAAAGGGGGUUGGGCUUUGGAGGGAAGUUCAGUGAUUGGUUAAAAUGUUAACAGACUCUAAGCCAAUGAGCGACUGGUGCUCUCCCAUAAAUACAGGAUGUGGGACGCCAGAAAUCAUUCUGUUUUCUUCCACGGAUAAGUUUUAGAAAAUAAUUGACAAUAUGAGCGGCAGAGGCAAAACCGGCGGCAAAGCCCGAGCAAAGGCCAAGACUCGCUCUUCCAGGGCAGGACUGCAGUUCCCCGUCGGCCGUGUCCAUAGGCUCCUCCGUAAAGGCAACUACGCCGAGCGCGUCGGUGCCGGAGCUCCUGUGUAUCUGGCGGCUGUGCUCGAGUAUCUGACCGCUGAGAUUCUGGAGCUGGCUGGAAACGCCGCUCGGGACAACAAGAAGACCCGCAUCAUCCCCCGGCACCUGCAGCUGGCGGUGCGCAAUGACGAGGAGCUGAACAAGCUUCUGGGCGGAGUGACCAUCGCUCAGGGCGGCGUGUUGCCCAACAUCCAGGCCGUGCUGCUGCCCAAGAAGACCGAGAAGCCCGCCAAGGCCAAAUAAUGCUCCGGUCCCUCACUGACAACCAACGGCUCUUUUCAGAGCCACUCAUUCCGUCUGAUAAAGAGCGCUUUUUCCUGCUAAAUAAUCAUAAGCCUCAUAUGCUCUUUGGUUGUGGAUAAUGUUGUUAAAUGUAUCCCAGGAAAUCAUAUCUUCUUGUUUUAAUCUAAUAUGCGAUGUACAAUGAUCCAUAAGAAACUUUUUUUCCUGCGUGCAAAUGGACCCUAAUAUGCUAUUAAUCUAAACGUUUUAAUCUACUUAGUUUUUUCGUUUGUUGCAACAUUGUACUACAAUUGAUAAAUUAUAACAUUUGACUUUUUCACUAAAAAUAUAUAUUUCUUGAAAAUAUCGAUUUUUAUUUUACUAAAAAACUAACCGGAUGCUUAAACAUAUUUAUUCAGUUUCUAAUGUAAAAAAUAAUAAAAAGUAACUUUUCUUAUCCAGAUGUUACUCAGGCAACAACCAUAGAGGAGCACAAUUAUUUCCAAACAGUCAUUGUUAUAAUCUUCAUCAUCUUCACUGUCACCAUAUCCUCUUCCUCAUCAGUGUGACUCCUCAUCCUCACCCUCAUCAUCUGCAGUUUAUACCUUUUUUAGUUGCUAUAGAAAAUGUGCAACCAUUAUUUAGAAAAAUAAAACUUAUUUUUUAUUUUAAAUUUUACUCAUUAAUUCCUAAACAUCAUUGCUGCCAUGUGGCAAUUGACAUGCUAAGUAUAAGGUAGAUAAUUUUAGUUAACUAAGAGAACAGUUUAACUAAACAUAACGUCAUAUUAUGUGACACUGUAUGAUGUAUUUGUCACAAUAUUACAUCUUUUUAAAUGAUAAAUAAAUAAAUGUUCAAAACAUAUUUAAUGAAUUUCAUAUUG